GUAUAUGCCUCCCCCUUCCCAACCCUGUGCACAAAAGCUAAUAUAUCACACUGCCGCACACGCACAAAGGUUACCCUUGUGACCGGAGCUCUCCAGCGCUUGCGUAUUCAUCAGCGCGAGUGAGAGAUCGAUCCUUGUGUGCUGCUGUGUGAUUGAGUUGAGUUCAAUGUUGGCGAUGUGCGGAGAGAGGAAACCACUGCACGCACCGCAAAGAAUGACAGCUCGGUUCAUCGGACGUCUUCGAUUAACUUUGGAUGUUUAGCUGAUGUCGACUUUUUACCUUUUUCUUCAAUGGAAUCAACAAGAGACUAGUAAAAUCGCAGCCUUCACAGGAACAGCAAAAACAAUGUGUUGGAAUUUAGUCUAAGAAGCAGCGGCUUCAGAUUCUAAAUAACGAACGUGAUAGACAUUAAGAUACAAGUCAGUCGCCUGCUGCAGAUAUUCACCUAACUAUUGUUUUAUUAAUGAUCCCAAAUAUCAGCUAGAGCUAAGAGACAGUUGCUGGGAGAGUCACCGGGAGACCAUCAACCAAGAAACUCGAUAGGCUGUCCAGAGACAAUCUGUUGAAGAGAUACACAAAAUGGCGAGACAUAACCAUCGAUAUUGAGCCCCCCUGUGGUUGAUGGUGAUGCCUGAACGCAACCCAGCAAUGCAGAAGACGAGAACCUGGUGGUGGCAGGGACGACUGGGAGUUUCUCUGCUGUUUCUGGUUUUCCCGCUCCUCAGGACCGAACCGCUCCAACUCGAGCUGUCGUUCAAUGGACUUUCGGAGCCCCAGAAUGUGACACUGGCUGCUAUCCUGCCUUUGCACAACACUGAAUACCCGUGGGCCUGGCCUCGCGUGGGACCCGCUCUGAUCAGAGCUCUGGAGCGAGUCAAUGACGAACCCACCCUGCUGCCGGGCCACCGCCUCCGCAUUGUCUACGACAGCAGCGAAAGCAAAGACGGAGUCUGCUCCGACUCAGUGGCGCCGUUGGUGGCCGUGGACCUCAAGUUCUCCUACGACCCGUGGGCCUUCAUCGGGCCUGGCUGCGACUACGCUUCGUCUCCUGUGGGCCGCUUCACCACACACUGGGACGUUCCCAUGGUGACGGCCGGGGCAGCGGCCAUCGGCUUCAACAUGUACACGUCCAUCACCAACACGGGCCCCACACACAAGAAGCUGGGCGAAUUUGGGGUGCGCCUGCAUCGCCAUUUUGGCUGGCACAGGCACGCCAUGCUCAUGUUCAGCGACAACAAAGAUGAUGACCGGCCAUACUACUUUACGGCAGAGGGGCUGUACACGCAGCUGCAGCUGGACAACAUCACCACAGCAGACAAGGUCUUCAAUGAGCAGACUGGACCGGUCCAGUAUGAUGACCUCAUCAGUGACAUAAGCCAGAGUGCCCGAGUGGUGUACAUGUGCUGCUCAUGGGACACUUUCCGGAGGCUGAUGGUACAGUUCUGGAGGGAGGGCCUGCCCCCGGAGGACUAUGCCUUCUUCUUCAUUGACCUGUUCGGCCACAGCCUGAGGAAGCAGCCCGCUAGGCCCUGGUACAGAGGAGACUCAGACGACCACGCCGCCAAGAAGGCCUUCAGGAGUGUGAAGAUCCUGACCUACAAAGAGCCACAGAACCCGGAGUACAAGGAGUUUGUUUCCAACCUGAAGACGGACGCCAUGAACAUGUUCAACUUCACCGUAGAAGACUCGCUGAUGAACCUGAUAGCAGGAGGCUUCUAUGACGGCGUGAUGCUUUACUCUCAGGCCCUGAAUGAGACCAUGGCAGAGGCAGGGGGCCGGCCGCGAGGGGACACCGUCACCAAGAGGAUGUGGAAUCGCACAUACCAUGGUGUUACUGGCUUGGUUCAGAUUGAUGGGGCAGGUGAUCGGGAGAUUGACUUUGCCUUGUGGGACAUGACUGAUCUUGACUCUGGGGUCUUUCAGAUCGUGUCCGUUUACAACAGCACCCUGAAGGAGCUGGUUCCAGUGCCGGGCAUGAAGGUCCAGUGGCCGGGGGGCGCCCCCCCCCAAGACAUCCCCGACUGUGGCUUCAAGAACGACAAGCCCGCCUGCUUAGCACGGACGGUCACUAUGCACCAGAUGGUGGCCAUCGUGGCUUGCUUCAUCUUCGUCAUCAUCGUCACUGUCACCGUCUUCAUCUACAGGAAGCUGAAAUUGGAGAAUGAGUUGGCUGCUCAGCUCUGGCGAGUGCAAUGGGAAGACGUGCAGAUGAGUGACCUGGAGAAAGUGCUGCGCAGGGCCUGCAGCAGACUCACCCUGUCUCUGAGAGGCUCCAACUGUGGCUCCUUCCUGACCAUGGAAGGAAACUUCCAGAUCUACGCCAAGACUGGCUACUACAAGGGAAACAUUUCGGCCAUUAAGUACGUCACCAACAAGAAGCGCAUCGAGCUCACCAGGAGAGUGCUCUUUGAGCUCAAACAUAUGCGUGAUGUUCAAAACGAGCACUUGACUCGCUUUAUCGGAGCCUGUAUCGAUCCUCCUAACAUCUGUAUCAUCACAGAGUACUGUCCCCGGGGCAGCCUGCAGGAUCUUAUGGAGAGCGAGACCAUCACCUUGGACUGGAUGUUCAGAUACUCUCUCAUCAACGACAUUGUUAAGGGAAUGGCCUUCCUUCACAACAGCGUCAUCAUCUCCCAUGGUAACCUGAAGUCCUCUAACUGCGUGGUGGACAGUCGCUUUGUUCUGAAGAUCACUGACUACGGGCUGGCUAGCUUUCGCGAAAAGUCCAAUAUGGAGGACACACACGCCUACUAUGCCCGGAAAUUGUGGGCAGCUCCAGAGCUGCUGAGGGCAGAUAGUUCCCCACCAUGUGGCACACAGAAAGGGGACAUCUACAGCUUCGGCAUCAUUCUGCAGGAGCUGGCCCUGCUCCGAGGUGUCUUCCACGUCGAGGGCGACACCCUCAGCCCCAAAGAGAUCGUAGAGCGCGUGGCGCUGGGCCAGUGGCCCUACCUGCGGCCCUCCCUCUGCCCCCAGAGUCACAGUGAAGAGGUGGGCCAGCUCAUGCAGCGCUGCUGGAACGAGGAUGUGAACGAGAGGCCCGAAUUCCACCACAUCAAGCUGCUGCUGCGCAAACACAACAGAGGUUAUGGGUCUAAUAUCCUGGACAACUUGUUGUCUCGUAUGGAGCAGUACGCCAAUAACCUGGAAGAACUGGUGGAGGAAAGAACACAGGCUUACCAUGAAGAGAAACGCAAGGCCGAGGCACUGCUCUACCAGAUACUUCCACACUCUGUAGCGGAGCAGCUGAAGAGAGGGGAGACAGUGCAGGCUGAGGCCUUUGACUCGGUCACCAUCUACUUCAGUGACAUCGUGGGCUUUACCGCCAUCUCAGCAGAGAGCACGCCCAUGCAGGUGGUGACCCUAUUGAAUGACCUCUACACGUGUUUCGAUGCCAUCAUCGACAACUUCGAUGUUUAUAAGGUGGAGACGAUAGGCGAUGCAUACAUGGUGGUGUCUGGGCUGCCCGUGAGGAACGGCAAUCUGCACGGCCGAGAGAUCGCCCGCAUGUCGCUAGCCCUGCUAGAGGCCGUGCACUCCUUCAGGAUCCGCCACCGACCUGCCCAGCAGCUCUUUCUGCGCAGUGGCAUCCACAGUGGCCCAGUGUGUGCUGGUGUUGUAGGACUGAAGAUGCCUCGGUUCUGUCUGUUUGGAGACACAGUCAACACAGCCUCUCGCAUGGAGUCCAAUGGAGAGGCCCUGAAGAUCCACGUGUCGGAGGCCACACGCGUGGUGCUGGACGACUUCAACUGUUUCCAGCUGGAGCUGAGAGGAGACGUGGAGAUGAAGGGCAAAGGGAGGAUGAAGACCUACUGGCUACUGGGAGAGAGCACCAGCAACAUGGCUUACUAGAGAGAGAGAGAGACAGAGAGAGAGAGACGGGGGAGAGCGACAGAAAGAGAGAGAGAGAGAUGCAUACUGUUUAGACCGUAUUAGAGACGUGGUAGAAAAGAGACGUAAGGGAAGGGAGGACUGAGGUAAAAGGAACAGACAUACAGAUUCACAUGGGAAUGGAGUGAAAUGGAAAUAAGCAAAAAACUGUACUACUGACAAUUCCCUCCUUAAUGAUAGUCUCAUUGACAGAGUCUCACUGACAGAGUCUCACUGCUCUUCAUGGGGAUACCUUGGUUCCUAUAGGUGGACAAGCCCUGUCUAGAUUGACUUACCAUGGUCGAUCUUCCAUGGACAGCUUUAGACUUGUAGCCUUUCCAAUCAAAGGAACGAUAUCACUGCUACACCGCCUUGUGCCGAUUGGCAAGGCACCACCUCUGAUAGACACAGAGGAUGGGCAUUUGCGAAUGACGCCACCCAGUGUUCCAGAGUUAUAACUGUCGCUUUUGUGAACAAACAUUUUGGACAUUCUUGUUUGGACCUGUUGUUUGUGGUGACGAGAGUUGUCCAAUGUGUUAUUUUGUGGUUAUUUGACUUUGUGACUGACUUGGUGUUCUCUAACAUUUGUGUAGAGGCCUGAGUGUUAUGUGAAGCAUUCCCUGGUGUUUUUCUAUUUAUUUCACAGUGUUGCGUGUUCUAUAUUACUAUAUCAGUUUGUUCUAUAUCAGUCGAACAUGAAUCAACUGAAGUCCAGAGGGGUAUACUACGAAUGUAGCUAGAUGUAUUCAGGCUUUUCUGAAAUUUGCUAGCUUCAGUUAGCUUCACGUUCCAGCUCAGGCUUCACGCAUGUUAUGAAGGCAGAUCAGGCAGAUAUUGAUCGUUCACCCGCCGCUUACUUGAGUCGGGCUUGUAACUGCGCGUUCAUGUCGCACAUUGCAAGUCGAAAGCCAAACUGAGACAAUAGUGAAACAUUAGACGGUGGACGAGUCGGUGACACAUUUUCAUUUUUGCCAAAAUCUAAAUGAGUGCCACGACUCCCCACUCCUAUCGAUAAAAUCAUUGUAUGAGUUCAUACGACAGUUUUACUGCACGUGAAGUUUCAAAUGUAUCCGGUCAUUACUAAAUGUGUUGUGUGAAAUGUAUUUGAAUAGUACUAUUUAAAACACACACGAAUUUGAUUGGUCCUCAACUCUUUGAUUGGCUCAAAGACUUCAUUCGGGAUAAAUUGAGUAAACACCGAGUUAGCCUUCCCGGGAGCAGAUUAGUUCUGAAGGAUUCGUUGCCACAGAAAUGUACCUGGUUUAAAGGUGAGCCACAUUUGUGUCACCGGUUAUCCCGAGUUGAACUCAGAGUUGACCAAAGUUACCUCGCUAACUCCUCAAACCAGAUUCUUAGAAUAGGGCUCAGUAACCCAUAAUAAUACGAGUCCACAAAGUGUGUCCCACAUCCUACUAGGCUAUGUGCUUUAGGAGGAAGUAGUGGAGGCCAUCACCACCAUGCAAGUGUAGGCUGUCUAAUUGACAUUGGUGAAAUGUCUCAAAUUGACACUUAUGGCUGUUAAGUAAGGACAUUAGGCUUGUAAAUAAGUCCAUGUGCAUUCAACAGGACUGUUCAAAAAGAGAAUUUACAGCUUAAAGUAAUCUUUUUGGUCAUAAAAAAUAAUGAGCUUUAAUCUUCUCAAGAUAAAUUGCGAUGACAAUGAAGAAUAGAGAAUUAGAGUUGGCCAUAAAUGUCAACUUUUGGGUGAAUUACGUAUUAUUAUCUAGUCACAGGUAAUGGUUAUAACCAGCUAAUCCUCUCACAUGAAGUUCUUAUAUUACAGACUCAUUUUGAAGUUCAGAUUUUCUAAUGGUCCUUUUUCCUUUUCUUUUUACAAGAUGAUGUUAUACUCAAUAACUUCACUCAAGGGUACAAAAGAAUGAGUGAGUCUAGCUCUUCACUUCUGUUACUGAUAACAAAGGUCAGAUUUAUUUCAGAUUGGGAGUCCUUCUAAAUGGCAUACAUAGUAUAGUGAAAAAGGAUAUAUUUAAAUGCCCAUAAACUCUCAAAGUUGACUCUCUGAGGAUACUGGUUUGGCUUGUGAUUUGCAAACAUUUUACAACAAACUACUCUUUUGCCUUUUGUUCGUUGGUGUUUUUGGGUGGCUCUGCUCGUUGUCUAUCUGAAAGGAACAGCUGCACCACCUAGCUACUUGGCUCAGAAGUGGAGCAUCACUGAUAGGCAGCAGGCACCCAUAUACCAACCAGCGCUACGGACCAUGUGAAUGUGCUCUCACUUGAACGGCCCUAAUGUCACGACUCCCACCGAAGGUGGCUCCCCUGCCUGUUCGGGCGGUGCUCGGCGGUCGUCGUCGCCGGUCUACUAGCCGCCACCGAUCCCUUUUUCCUUUUCUGUUAGUUUAGUCUUAUUAGUUGCACCUGUUCCUUUUUGUUUCUUGAUUUUUGGUCUGUUUAAGCCUGUUAGGCCCGCUUAGGUUUGUGCGGGAUUAUUUGUGUUCUCUGUCGGUUGUGGAUGUGUUUUCAUUGUUCUUCGGAUCGUUUGCCCUGUGUUUGGGCUGGUCAGUGUUUAUGCGCACUGUAUUUGGCGUGACCGUUUCGUGUCGGAUAAAUAAAUCUACAAAUCACUGAACCCUCUGCUCUCUGCGCCUGACUCCUACCCACCACUCCUAGUAAACCGUGACACUUAAACCUUAAACUUAUCAUCAGUGAGAAUAUCCCCUUUCCAACUUAAGUCUAAAUGAUUUGAUCAUUUCAUUUUCCAUGAGUGGAUGUAUCACCUAAGCCAAAGCCAAUACUCCUGAAAUAAUCAGGAUUGGUAAUGUGGAGUGGAAAUGAUAACAGCUCUGUGUGAUGUCAGAGAGUCACGUCAUUGAUCAGUAGUAACUCACCCAAUGUCAGGCUUGAUCUGACAGGUAACCCAGCGGGCAAAACUGGUUUCAGGAUAAUCUAUUUUAUGGCGUCGUAGUCAGGUUGUAUACUGGUUGUGUGAAAGUUUAUGAAGAAGUUAAUUAUUUUUAGCAAACAGAAAAAUAAGUCUUUGUCUAGUUGUAAACUGACCAGAUAACAACCAAAAUAUGACGUCUUUCCCAUUAUGUCUUCUUGUCGUGAAAAAUAUGUUUUUACCUGGUUGUAACAGAGACCAGUUGCUUGUAAUGUGGUUGUAGGAUUUCUUCUCAACCAGAAAACCAGUUUACAACCAGAAAAUGACAUCAUUAAGACGAUUCCAAGGCAGGUCCGUCUGCAUACGGUGUGUGUCCACUAUGAAUGUGGUCACAUGGCUUCCUUAAAUGCGUUUCUGAUUCAGUAAAAUGUAUUGUGUUGUUUUGGUUGCCUUGUCUGUAUUUUCAAGGAGUGGGUUGGUCUUUGAAUUACUGUAUGUUACAAUGUACACAGGUAAUGGUUAUAACCAGUGUUUUAAAAUUUUAAAACACUAUAACCAGUGUUUUAAAAUAUGAUAUUGGCGUUGUUUUGGGGGGAGAAAGAAAUGUUCAGUUACAUUGCCUGUCUUGUUUCGGGUCAGUUGAAUGUCUUUAUAAAAUCAGUUGAUAACCCACAUUUUCUUCUGAGUUAAUAGCAAUGUGUUAUUGUGCUUGAUGUAAUUUUGGCCGAAACGUGAUGUACUUUCCAUGUUUAGUUAUUUAUUAGACCUUACAAUCGAAGUGGGACUGUCCAUGCAUACAAUUGCAUUUUGUAUCACAGUAUGGCACAACAACCCACAUACACGUAGUCUAAUCUACAGGUUACAUAUUUCUAUCUAUAUAUAAACUUGAAAUAAUAAGGAUAUAAGUACAAGGUCAAACAGUAAGUACAAACAACACAGUAAAAAAACAGCUUCAAAGACUUAACACUUUGACUACUUUUAUUUAUACUGUGUUGUAGUUUGAAAAAAGUUAUUUGUCACAGAGUGCUUAAAAAAGAUGCUUACGAGGCAGAUUCUUCACACAGCGUUAAGGAAGAAAUCUGCAGUGGUGGAAAAAAUACCCAAUUGUCAUACUUGAGUAAAAGUAAAGAUAGAAAGGACUCAAGUAAAAGUGAGUCACCCACUAAAAUGCUACUUGAGUAGAAGUAUUUGGUUUUAAAGUAUAAAUCAUUUAAAAUUGCUUGUGUUUUUACGGAGAGCCAGCACUCAGACGUAAUUUACAAACAAAGUAUUUGUGUUUAGUGACUCUGUCAGAUCAGAGGCAGUAGGGAUGUUCUCUUGAUAAGUGCGUGAAUUGGACCAUUUUCCUGUGCUGCUUAGAAUUCAAAAUGUAACAAGUACUUUUGGGUGUCUAGGAAAACGUAUGGAAUUAUUUUCUUUAGGAAUAAGUAAAAGUUGUCAAAAAUAUAAAUAGUAAAGUACAGAUACCCCAAAAAAUGACUUAAGUAGUACUUUAAAGUAUUUUCACUUUAGUACUUUACACCACUGGAAACCUGAAAGGAUGAGGAACCAAAUGAGGAGUAUCUUUCUCUGGAAAGUCAGCUGUACGUUCAGAUUUUAUAUGAUCCUGAAGGUUAGUAAUUUGUUAAUGUCAAGAGAUCAGUAUUGAACCUCCUGAAUCAAUGCAUGUUAGAAUAACAUCUGGCAGUGGUUAGAGCUGUGAGUCUUUAUGGGUAAGUCCCUAAGAGCUUUGCACACCUGGAUUGUACAAUAGUUGCCCAUUGUUCUUUUAAAAAUUCUUCCAGCUCUGUGAAGUUGGUUGUUGAUCAUUGCUAGACAGCCAUUUUCAAGUCUUGCCAAAUCAAAACUGUAACUAAGCCACUCAUGAACAUUCAAUGUCGUCUUGGUGAGCAACUCCAGUGUAUAUUUGGCUUGUGUUUUAGGUAAUUGUCCUGCUGAAAGGUGAAUUUGUCUCCCAGUGUCUGGUGUAAUGCAGACUGAACCAACUUUUCCUUCAGGAUUUUGCCCAUGCUUAGCUCCAUUCCAUUUAUUUUUAUCCUUAAAAAAACUCCCUAGUCCUUGCUGAUGACAAGCAUGCACAUAACAUGAUGCAGCCACCACCAUGCUUGAAAAUAUGAAGAGUGGUACUCAGUGAUUUGUUGUGUUGGAUUUUGCCCCAAACAUGACGCUUUUUAUUCAGGACAAAAAGUACAUUUCGUUACUACAUUUUUUUGCAGUAAUACUUUAGUGCCUUAUUGCAAACAGGUUGCAUGUUUUGGAAUAUUGUUAUUCUUUACAGGCUUCCUUCUUUUCACUCUGUCAUUUAUGUUAAUAUUGUGGAGUUACUACAAUGUUGUUGAUCCAACCUCAGUUAUCUCCUAUUACAGCCAUUAAACUCUAUAACUGAUUUUAAAAUCA